GAUCUAUGAAAAAAAUGUUUAUCAUUUAUUGUUGUCCUGAGUGAUGUAGAAUCUACCUAACUAGCUUAGUUUUACCACAGUUAAUUCGGUGACCUAUAAAUACGUCGAUGAUGUCAUUAGUCUAAACUUAGAGACUGAAGGGUUUUUUUUCGGUCAAGACUUGACUAUCGUCAUUUAUUGUGACUAGGCCUACUAACCCCGUAAGGAUUUAACUUUCAUUUUUGUCACUUGGCACGUGACACUUCAGUACCUACUGUUAUCGCCAGUCGUAGCCUCACAGGCAGUGGAAUCGAUCCCGGAAUGGCAUCAAAUUCAGAAGAAGAUGUGGAUAAAAAGCAAAAAAAACGGAUCUCAUUCGGUGAUGUACAAACAUUAGAAUAUGAACCCAUUGUUGGGGAAGUAGAAGAGAAAAAACAAGUUAAAGAAGAAUCAGCAGAGGAAGUACAGGAACGUCGAGAAUGGCUAAUGGAUAUGAUGAAACUGUCUCUUGGUUUGGGGCCCUCACCAGAACAGGUGUUAGAAACGCUGGACAUGGAUGGUGUUGUCAAUUACAUUAAAAGUGGAAAGUGUAAGAAGAUCAUCACGAUGGCAGGAGCCGGCAUUUCAACAGCGGCGGGUAUUCCGGAUUUCAGGUCCCCAAAUACAGGCCUUUAUGACAACCUACAAAAGUACAACCUUCCUCAUCCACAGGCUGUGUUCGAUAUUGGAUAUUUCUGGAAAAAUCCGGAGCCAUUUUUUCUUCUUGCCAAAGAGCUAUGGCCAGGUGUGUUCAAGCCAACCCCUUGUCACUACUUCAUCAAGAUGCUUGCUGACAAAGGCCUGUUGCUACGUCAUUAUACCCAGAACAUUGACACCCUUGAAAGUCAAGCAGGGCUUGACCCAGAGAAAUUAGUCGAGGCUCAUGGAAGUUUCCGCACAGCUCACUGCCUUAUUUGUGAAAAGGAAUACAGCAAAGAUUUUAUAGAAGAAAAGGUAUUUGCUGGGGAAGUACCUAAGUGUGAUGUGCCUGGUUGUGAAGAUAACAUUGUGAAACCGGAUAUUGUAUUCUUUGGAGAGUCUCUCCCCAGCAGAUUUGGAGAAUUGGUAAAUGGGGACAUGAAGGAAUGUGACUUACUACUGAUCUUGGGUACAUCUUUAGUGGUGCAGCCAUUUGCAGCUCUUCCCAACAGAACUCAGCAUCAUACUCCGAGGAUGUACAUCAAUUUAGAGAAGACUGGAUCAGGGCCAAGCAAUCCUAUCACCAUGCUAAUGUUUGGAGGAGGCUUCAAGUUUGAUGAUGAAGACAAUUACAGAGAUGUGUUUUGGCAAGGGACUUGUGAUGAAGGUUGUCUCCUCAUGGCAGAGAAGCUGGGAUGGAAGGAAGAACUACAAGAGAUGGUGGAAACAGAACAUGCAAAGAUUGACAAGAAUGCAAAGCUUCUAAAAGCGAAAUCUAAAAGUCUGGAGAGUGAGAAACAGAAGGAAGAAAAGCUGGGGGGAAAUACAGAGGAUCAAUCCAAAACUGUGGAAGCCAAGGAGUCUACUGCUGAGGAGUCCUCAUCAAAUACUCAUGUCCCAAAAACUAACAUUCCAAAGUCGCCCGUAACAAAAUCUCCAGUUACUGGUGCACGUUCAAAAUCCUCUGCUACUAGUAAUUCUUCAAAAUCUCCUGUCACGAGAGGGCCUCCAAAGUCCCCAAGCUUAAGUAAAACUAAGCUGAAGAAAAGCUAGGGGUACAUUUUAAGGUAUUGAAUACCAUCAAAAUAAAAUUGUAGCAUUGUUGUCAAUGAAGUACUGAUUUAGUAAUCUAAUUGUAAGCAGUUUUAUCACAUGCUUUGAAGUGCCUACUGUAGAAUGUAGUUGCUGCAAUUUUGCGUAUUUGGAAGUAAAAUGAAGUAUAAACAAAAAAAGAAAGAAACAAAAAUCUAUUAAUGAGACUUGCAUCGUUUCCACUGCUAUUCCUCGUCAUUCGGGAACUGUCACGUUGCCAAGGGAAACAACUCUGAGCCAGAAAAAUGGUUUAUUCCCUUAUCUCCUGUAUAAACUUGAGAGUAUUUUCAAAUGGAUGAAAAAAUAAACAUGAAGUAAAACAAUGAUAUUGAUUGGCACAAGUACUCUUUUCACACAAGAUAUUUCCUAUAUGAUAAAUGUUAACUUUAAAACUUUAUCAGCGAUAUAUGAUAUAUAUUUGUGAUACAUGUAGGUAUGAUAGAUGAUGAUAAACUUUUUUCUUUGAAUAUGUAAUAACCUUUAAUUAAGGGCUUUUAUUGAUUUUAUUUUUAAGGUUUUUUUUUAUUGUAGCUUCUAUUCUUUGUAGAAUUUUGCCUAAAUUGUUAUAAUGUAUAGAUAUAUAUAUUUAUUUAAAAGUGCAAUUUGUUUUGUUGAAGUAUGUUUCUCAAAGAAUAGGAGUUAAAUAGCAGAGUAAUACCAAGUAUGUGUGAUUGUGAGAGCAAUGGUAAACUUAAUGAUACUAACUAACUAAUCUAAUAUAAGACAAAUGGUUUAUGAGGGCACUAGAAUAGGAUGAUGGGGAUAAUAGAUGGUCCAAAAUGUUCAUUGGGAAAAGAUCAUUUAAAUUGAUUGAUACAAUUAAGGAAUUUAGUUUGAAUUAAAAAAAAUAUAUAAAAGAUGUAUGUGUGUUAGGAAUUGAAAUAAAGAAUCAAAUUCAUAUGAAAUAUAGAGCUGUGAUGACCAUGGGGAUACAAUGGAUUAAUGUUGAAGUCUGUAUGACUGUCCACUUUACCUAAUAGUGUAAGUGAACAUACUUACCUGCAGUUUACAUUAGAACUGGGGUAACCAUCACAUAUGCAUUUUGUUAUUCUGAUAUUGUUAGAUAACUAUUCUGUUGUUUAAACCGUAUUGUGUUUAGACAAUAUGGUGUUGUUGUUUAUACAGCAUUAUAUUGUGCUGUUUAGACAGUGCUACAUUGUUUAGACAAUACCGUGUUGUUAAUACAGCGCCAUAGUGUGUUGUUUAGACAGUGCUGCAUUGUUUAGACCAGUGUUGUUGAUACAGCACAAUAGUGUGUUGUUUAGACAGUGCUGCGUUGUUUAGACAAUACCGUGUUGUUAAUACAGCGCCAUAGUGUGUUGUUUAGACAGUGCUGCAUUGUUUAGACCAUAGUGUUGUUGAUACAGCACAAUAUUGUGUUGUUUAGACAUCAUUGUGUUGUUUAGACAAUACAGUGUUGACAAUACAGCACCAUAUUGUUGUUUAGAUAGUGCUACAUUGUUUAGACAAAACAGUGUUGUUGUUUAUACAGCACAGUAUGGUGUUGUUUAGACAUCAUUGUGUUAUUUAGACAGCGUCUGCUGUUUAAACAGCGCUGCGUUGUUAAUGAUGACAUUAAAUUAUUAAUGAGAAUGUUUUAGUAUGCAUUUAUACCUUUAUCAAAAUUUAAAAUGACUGAAAGUGAAUGAGUGGUUGAUGAAUUGCAGUUGGUUCAAAAAAUAAUUACUAAUAAUGGUUGGUGAUAUGUAAUACAUUGUAUUGUCUGCUAAUAGUUGGUGAUCUUUUUUAAUACAUCAUAAAAGAAACAGAUCAGUGUGGCUUCUACAUAGUGUUAAUACCAUCACUCAGCUGACAGAGCAUGCUUCGUCAGGAAGCUGGGCCAGAGAUUAUGUCAGAGUCCCUGUUGUUUUGUGGCCAGUCCUUUCCAUCAAUCCGGGUUAGACUUGAGUGUUGCUUUAAGUACAUUUUUAAACGCCAGGCAAUGACAGGACAUAUUUCAGUAUGAUGAUAGGCUUGGCAUCAAUGUAUUAUAAUUACUGUAUUGUCUUGUCCUUUUCUGCUACAUUUUAAUAUUUGAAGAUGGAGGAAUGCUGAUAAGUAGGUUUCCCCACUUUGUACAGUUAUGUACUUGUUUUUACAGUUUGCAGCAGGCCUCUCUUGCAAUUUUGCAUAUAUUUAUUAAACUUUUGAAUAUUGGGAAAAAAAACUGCCUCACAUUAAGUAUAGCCAGUAUAUAUAGAUAUCUAGCUAUUUAUCAUUUUGAUAGUAUUUUUUUCUUACUUUUCUAGUUCUGUUUGAAAGAUAAAUCUUUAUAUACUUAAGUCAUAGGUACAUUUUCUUAUUUUUAUCCCACCAUCAUCUCAUGUUGGGCUAUUAAAUCACCCUAUAUUCAUGGUUUGUCUGUAAACAGUCCUUGUUAUCACUAUUUAUUUAAAUGUACUGGAUCUAUAUUUAUAAUGUAGGUUCCCCUAGGUCCCUGGUUGUGUAAAUUUAAUUUUGAGACUGAUCAGGAAAAGAAAAUGGCUGACAGACGGUCGUUUGAUUUUGAUAAAUGAAGAUUGUUAUUACUAUUUCUUGAAAAGUACUGGAGGGAUAUCCCUCAGACGUCAUGUAUAGGUUCCUCUUGGUCCCUAGUUGUGCCAAUUCAUUUUUGAUUUUUGAUCAGAAAAACAAAAUGGCCGAAAGACGGACAUCUUGGAUUUUGGGAAUUAAAUAACUUGAGGGAUGUUUCUAAAACUUCACAUGUAGGCUUCACUUGUUCUUGUUAUAAGAUUAUUAAGAGGAAAAGAAGAAAAAGGGGAAAAAUAGAGAGAAGAUCAGUCUGACAAACCAAUAACGAUCAUUCAAUGGUGGGCACCAAGAUCCAUCUUGGAUCUCUUUAGAUUUCCUUGUUAUCGGAUUAUUAAGAUGAAAAGAGGAAAGAAGGUUAUCUAUUACAAUAUGGAGUAGGAAUGAAUCAUUUUUGGGGAAAAGUCUGUUCUUUUUAAAAAAACCAGUUCGGACUUUUGAUGUCAAAUCUACUGUUAAGUACCUGAUGCAAGAGUUAAAAGACAUCAGUAAACUCCUUUAUAAUUGUACUAGGAUAUUGGCAAAACCUAGUUUUAUACUAUGUCUAUUUUACCUUUAAAUAUUGUAAUAUAUCCGUAUUGUUGCAAUAUAGAUUUCAUAUGGUGAAUUAGCCCCCACCCCCCCAACUCUAGUGUGAGCUAUAGUUACAUACAAUGUGAGGUGAGCUUUGUCCCGAUGAUGGUACUUUUGUUCUGAUUUGUGCGGAGAUAGAGGCUACUGUUAAUUGAUCAUUAACAUCAAGUUUCAGAUCCACAUAAAUACCUAGAUCAAUGUUGCAUGAAUUGAAUCAUCAACAAAGUCUUAUGUAAAAUAGCCUCCUCUGACAAAGAUGCUAAUGUAAAUCAUAAGAUUAAUAACAGGUGAUCAAUUUAGGCCCAUUUGGCCUCUUGUUAUUACAAGUUGGCACAGAAUUUGUAUGUGUGUCGAUGUUUAAUGAUACUGGUUAUGUUUAUGACGAAAUUGUUAUGAGAUUUGUUAUAUACAUGUACCUGUGUACUGAUUAUGAAGAUAUGGCUGUGAUUGUCUGCCUCGUUACAUAAAGGGGUGGAUAACAAUAAAAUUAUCACUCAGACAACA